GAAAUUACGGUGCAGCGAAGUCAAAAAUAGGGGUUGGCAUUGCCCUACCCAUCCACGCAUGUCGAACUAGCCUCCGCGGGGCUCGCUUGCAGUAGCGCUUUCCUGUUCAACUUCAGCUUCAGCCUCGGCCCUUCCUUGAUCUCAAAUCCUUUUCUCUCCCAUCAACAGUCGAUAAAUCCCGUUUCACAGCACCCAUUGCCCAACUUCCCGCGCACGGGAACAGCCGGUCUUGCCAGCGAAUAGGCAAUCGAGGAGUCAAAUCAUCUCGCACGUUUCCACGUCUCAUGAUCCGUCAAAGCCGGCGCGCCAGACCAACAGCGGAGUGAAUCCCGGCAAUUUCGACAAUUGGGUCCAUCUGGCCGGAGAAAAUGCGUUCACCGCACGAUGUAUCACACGACGAAGACCACGCAGAAACAGAGCUAUCAGAAGCAGAAUUAGCCCAGAUCUCCGAAGCCUUUACUCAAAUCGCGAAGGGCGAACGAACUGCUCAGGCUCUCGAGUCGAAUCUGACGAGUCUUGAAAAGAAGAUCGACGAUUUGCUUGCAAGCUUCGAAGAGUCCGAACGCCAAAAGGUUGAAGAGGCAAAUUCGAAACGCGUCGUUCCAGGUUCUUCGAAGGACGGUGGCGACAAUGACGAGAAACCUCCAGAAAACCAGGUAAAAUAGAUUGAACAAGUUUGCUCAGAGGAGAUCUCCCAAUGUCUUCUUCAUUGGGGACAUACUAGGCAGGUCGUGAACGUAUAGAUUUCAUUCCUUCUGGGACAGCUAGAUUAGAACUUCGGUAAUGAAAAGGAAAGCAUUGUGUCAGCAAGGACCAUCUUAGAAGCUGCCCUUGGAAUCUCUUCU